AUUGCAAAAGCGCGACGAGCACCUAAUAAAAGGAUUAGACAAGUCUCUACGUUUCUCUGCCCGUCUGUCUGGAGGACAUUAGCAAACACGUUAUUACCCCCGUCAAUCGUAAAGUUACGCAGCCAUGGAUAAAAUGGAUCUGUCCCUAGAUGAGAUCAUUGUCAAACGUCCAGGAAAGGGAUCUCAGCGAGGAGGUCGUAACCAAAGAGGUCGCCGUACGCAACGUGCAGCACCCUAUCAGAGACCAACACGCCCUGGAAAUGCUGAUGGACAAUGGAAACAUGACCUUUUCGAAGGUGGAAGACGAAAGACGGGUGACUUGAGGACUCAAAUUCAGCGUCCAGCUGUGUCCGGGACACUUAGCGACCGCGUACGUGGACUUGUGUCUGACACGAUAGACACACCUCGACGAACCGUGCAACGGAACAAUGCCGGUGGAGUUAUGGUGGAUCGGCUCGGACCUCCGGUUCGCUCAGUAUCCAGUAAGCAAAAUCCCAUUGGAUCAUCCGGAAGUAUUUCAAUCAAAGGCGGUGCUGGUCCAGCCGUCAUUCAAAUUGAGAACUUGCACCCUGCAGCAACACCCGAGGACAUCAAAACAUCCCUGUCUCCAUAUGGAAAGAUUGUGGACUGCACUCUCACGUUCGAUGCUCAAGGGCGAUCAUCUGGCGUGUGUACUGUGACGUUUGAAAGGAGAGAUUCGGCUCAGAAUGCAAUCAACAAGCUAAAUGGGCAAAUUGCAGAUGGUCGAGUGCUAAGGGUAACGGAGCUUCAAUCCAAAUUGACUAUUGCGGGUGCAGCUUCAGUACAAAAGGCCAACAACACUGCGACCAGCACUACCGUGUCGAACGGUGGAACAAUGUACGCAGAUAGGUUAGGACCGGCAGUUCCUGCGAGUGGUAGAAUAGUGCAACGUGGACAGGGUGUGUUGAGUCGUGUCGGUGGAAAAGCCAAGAGUGGGCGAGGUGGUACGACGUUUUCAGUGUCGAUUUGAAAAUACAUACGGAUGUUUACGGUUUUGGUGCGUCUAUUUGACUGGGACUGAAC